AUGCUUCGACGUUUGGGUGGACUUUUGUUUAUCUUCACUAUAUCAACUCUUGCACUAAUCUUUACAUGGAGCCUAAGACCUGAACUUUUCCCUUCCACAACUCACGACAAGUCUAGCUGGUAUUUCCCAAGAACCGUUGCAGAUUUCAAUGUUCUUGUCAAUUAUUUUAAUAAGUACAGAGAUAAACAUUUCAUCUAUCUUCUGCUAUUGUUCAGCCUUGCCUACUUGUACAAACAAUCGUUUGCUAUUCCUGGAUCUUUUGCCAUGAACGUGUUAGCAGGAGCGUUGUUUGGUCGUUGGAAAGCAUUACUUUUGGUAUGCCCAUUGACUACUAUAGGUGCCUCGUGUUGCUACCUAUUUAGUUUAUGGUUCGCAAAACCUGUUGUCGAACAUUUUUUCAGUGACCAAUUACAACGGCUCAGGUAUGAAGUUGCUGAGAAUCGCUAUAGACUGUUCAACUUUUUGUUAUGUGUUCGAUUAUUUCCACUCACGCCACAUUGGUUGUUAAAUGUUUGCUUACCACUUGUAAAUAUCCCACUGAGCAACUUCGCUUUAUCUGUUUUAAUUGGAUUAAUUCCAUAUAACUUGAUGUGUGUGCAGGCUGGAAACGUCCUCAGUAAUUUGAAGGACUUUUCUGAUGUAUUCAGUUUGACAACCACUGUGCAGCUUGCUGUACUGUCACUGAUUGUAUUCCUAUUCGGCAAAAUUACGAAAAAGAGAGCUUGUUGUACAAUGACUAUAAAUGUCGUUGGACUUAUUUCUGUCUUGGGAUACGUAAUGUAA